AUGCGUUUAGACCGAAAGCUCGCGUUGGCUGCACUCCCAGCGGCUCUUCGCCCUGCCCUGGCUCAGACUGUUGUCGACCUUACUGGUGAUGGCUGGACGGUCAGCAGCAAGGCCUUGAAUAUCUCGGUACCUGGCAAACUUCCUUCGCAGGUGCAUCUGGACCUUCUCGCUGCAAAGGCUAUUGAUGAUCCGUUAGUUCAACAGUUCAGUUCGCGGCGACCGAAAAUUGACCCAUCAUCGCAUAGGUACCACGGUCUCAACGACUUCAAUCAGCGCUGGAUCUGUAACAACAACUGGACGUAUACUAGCCAUCCACUCAGUGGCUUGUCUACCAAAGCGAAAUCAUCCUGGCUUGUGUUCAACGGCCUAGAUACGUUCACAACGAUAGAGGUGUGCGGGCAAAUCGUUGGCACAACCGACAACCAAUUUCGCCAAUACACAUUCGAAAUUUCCAAGGCUCUUGAAAAAUGCAAAGGAGAUCCAACGUUGGAACUGGAUUUUGGAAGCGCUCCCGAGAUCGCAAAUGCGAUUGCCGGCGACCCAGACUCUGAACAGUGGCCGGACGGCCCACAGCAGGUCUAUGAAUUCCCGAACCGUUGGUACAUUCGCAAAGAGCAGUCUGAUUUCGGAUGGGACUGGGGUCCGGCGUUUGCUCCUGCCGGUCCAUGGAGAGACGCGUAUCUAGUGCAAUUCGAGAACGAGGAAAGUAUCUAUAUUCUCAACACUGACAUAGAUAUUUUUCGCAAGGGACAAAUCAACCACCUCGCUCCGGAUCAAACCCAGCCAUGGGUGGUGAAUGCAAGUGUUGACUUCCUCGGGACACUCCCGUCAAGGUCCUCGAUGACCCUGGAAAUAAAAGAUGUCGAGUCGGGAACGAUUCUGAAAUCAGGGCCACUGGAAAACAUUUCGGUUUCUGGCCAGGCCAUCAGUGGAAGCAUCACAGUCGGUGCCGAUGCGCCGAAUUUGUGGUGGCCCACGGGUUUAGGCAAGCAAAAUCUGUACUAUGCGACCAUCUCCAUCGAGGACAACAAGCAACAUGCACUAGCAAAAGUUACCAAGCGUACCGGUUUCCGAACUAUAUUCCUCAACCGGCUCAACAUUACGAAUUAUCAGCUCGCUCAGGGUAUUGCACCAGGAGCGAGCUGGCAUUUCGAAGUCAAUGGGCAAGAGUUCUACGCCAAGGGAUCCAAUUUCAUUCCCCCAGACGCGUUCUGGCCGCGAGUCACUGAAGACAGGAUGCAGCGGCUCUUCAAUGCUGUUGUCGCCGGAAAUCAGAACAUGCUGCGGGUGUGGGCCUCGGGUGCCUACCUGCCAGACUUUAUCUAUGAUAUUGCCGACGAGCAAGGUAUUUUGCUCUGGAGCGAAUUCCAAUUCAGCGAUGCGCUCUAUCCAUCCGAUGAGAAAUUCCUCGAGAACGUUGCUGCUGAAGUCACUUACAAUGUGAGACGGCUAAAUCAUCAUCCAUCUCUCGCCCUCUGGGCAGGUGGGAACGAAAUAGAGAGUCUGGAACUGCCUAUUGUCCAUGGUGCAGCGCCCGACAGGUACUCAUUCUACGUUGGCGAGUACGAAAAGCUCUUUAUCAGCCUGAUUCUGCCUCUUGUCUACGAGAACUCGCGUUCGAUUUCCUACAUGCCUAGCAGCACGAAUAAUGGCUUCCUCUACGUCAACCUCUCUGCACCUGUUCCGAUGGCCGAGCGCUACGACAAUAUUACGGGCGGCCACUUUUACUCAGACACGGAUCACUACAACUAUGACAGCAGUGUUGCAUUCGACUUUGGCAGUUACCCCGUUGGAAGAUUCGCCAAUGAAUUCGGCUACCACAGCAUGCCGAGUCUACAGACCUGGCAACAGGCCGUGGAUCCAGAAGACCUUCAUUUCAACAGCAGCACUGUUGUUCUGCGUAACCAUCACUAUCCGCCCGGAAAUACUUCCACUCACAACUUUGGAAACUCACUAAAGGGUAUGGGUGAGAUGACGAUGGCCGUUCAGCGCUAUUAUCCCGUUCCUCAUAAGAAUGACUCGGUUGAGCAAUUCAGCGCUUGGUGCCAUGCUACCCAGAUAUUCCAAGCUGACAUGUACAAGUCUGAAAUUAUCUUCUAUCGUCGAGGAAGUGGUAUGCCAGAGCGCCAGCUUGGAUCACUUUACUGGCAGUUGGAGGAUAUCUGGCAGGCACCUACUUGGGCUGGUAUUGAGUAUGAUGGUCGGUGGAAGGUCUUGCACUACGUGGCCCGCGAUGUCUACCAGCCCAUCAUUGUCUCCCCCUUCUGGAACUAUACAACCGGAGAUCUGUCAGUUUACGUGACGUCCGAUCUUUGGGAAACAGCCCGUGGGACUGUCAACUUCACAUGGGUCGAUAUGUCAGGAAAACCAAUCCCGGACAAUGCUGGCACCCCACAGAGCAAGCAGUUCACAGUUGGAGGACUCAACACUACCAAGGUCUACGAGGCCAACACCGCAAAGCUUUCCAUCCCCGAUAAGACAGACGCUGUUCUCGUGCUAUCGUUGAUUGCCCGUGGUCGCAUGCCCAAUUCGGAGUCUGUCUCGACGUUCAUUCAUCGUGAGAAGGCCACUCCAGCGUUCCCGAACGAGCUAUCCCUGGUGGACCCAAAGCUCCACCUUUCUCACGAUCAAUCUAGUAGCACUUUCACCGUGGAAGCCAAGGGUGGAGUUUCCCUUUACACUUGGCUAGACUAUCCUGCGGGCGUGGUUGGGUACUUUGAUGACAAUGCCUUCACACUGGUUCCUGGAGAGAAGAAGACAGUUCGCUUUGCUGUCCAGAAAGAUGACACCGGUGGGAAAUGGUCUCAGGGUGUUACGGUCCGCAGUUUGUGGGAUCAAACAACAGAUUGA